GUGAUGUUCCAAUGGUAAUUACAUACCAUUGGGCUUCUUGCUAACGAGAGGCCCAAAAAAAUCUUCACAAUAAACAAAUAUUAAAACCCUUUUGUUUCUUGUUCAAGAAACUCGACCUAAUAAGCAAUAACAGAUUCUCAAAUCACAAUCUGCAUCCCAAAACCUCGAUCACCAGUUCACAACAAUUACACAAACUUCGAUUCCCGAAACUGUAGCUAACUCAACAAGCAAUAAGACGCGGUUGAUACUUUGGUUGAAGUUUGGAAGCAUGGUGACUCUCUGGUCGGAGAUCCCUAUGGACAUCUUGAGAUCUGUGUUCGAACGUUUGAGUUUUGUGGAUUUCCACCGCGCUAAGAUCGUGUGUUCGAAUUGGUAUUCGUGUUCGAAACAAACUUUGCCUCGAAAAAACACAUCUCCAUGGCUGAUUCUCUUUCCAGAGGAGGAUGGUAAUUGUGCUUUGUAUAACCCGGAGGAAGCUAGGGUUUACAAAACCAAGAGAGACUUAUCAAGAUUUCGAUUCUUGGCAAACUCAGGUAAAUGGUUCUUAGUUCUAGAUUCUAAAUUCAAUCUUUAUAUCAUAGAUUUGUUUAGCGAGAAAAAUAUCGAUCUUCCACCUCUAGAGUCAUUCAAAGGUAACAAGUAUAAUCUUAAGAGAGUCGGAGAUAAAAAGAUCAAAGAGGUAAGAUUAGAAAUCGGAUAUACCUCUUUUGUCAUCCUAAAAGCGAAAUAUCUGAGAGGUCUUUUGUGGGUAGACGAGAAGAAGGAAGAGUACGUUGUUGUUUGGUACUUCAGUGACAAGUAUAAGAUUGAUUAUUCAGCCUUUUGCAAGAAUGGGGAAGAUCAUUACCAUGAGAUUCCAACAUACUUUGGCAUAUCUGAUAUGGUACUUACAUCUUAUGGUGACAGUCUUUACAUCUUAAACACUAGUGAUUACAUUGAAAAACUUGAUUUGUCUGGACAAGAAGGUUUCAAGGAUGUGUCCAAGAAUGAGGCUAUAUUUUUACGAUUUCGUUUGCCAGGUCUUCCAAGGGAUUUUAAAUUCACAUAUGAUGCAAAGGGUAGCAAUAGCAUUGCUGUUACAUCAUCAGGAGAAGUUUUGUUAGUCAUGAACAUCUUUUCCGAGUCAACAAGGCGUAGGAUCUUCUUUCUCUACAAGGAUCCGGGUGGGAGCAUUUACAACAAGCUUGUUGAGGUAGAUUCUUUAGGUAAUGAGGCCCUGCUUCUGGAUUUGGGUAUAACCGUUCCUGCUGAUGGUGACCUUGGUAUCGAACCAAACUCUAUCUAUUUCACUCGUCAUGAUCGUGUCCGUUACCAGAAACGUUCAUGCCCGGACAUCUGUGUGUUCAAUCUUGAAACAAAGACCCUCAGACGUUUCCCCGGUCUCUCCAACUUAAAGCUCACGGAUGCUCGAUGGUUUCUCCCGUCUUGAUUUGUUUCUUUUUACUGCAAUUUGGUGUUCUUGAGAAAUGAACCACACUUUUGGUGCUUUAAAAAUAUUCUCAGGACCAGAAGGCUUUGUAGUUAGCAGUCUUGACAUAAAUUAAACAUCAUAAGUUAAGGCA